AUGCCUAGUGAAUUCCCAGCUUGCAUCUCCAAGCUAUUCAGGAUUUCGAUGGACAAGAUCCAAAAGUUGAAGCAGAGCGUCAGUACCUUUAUGACACUUACGCCAACCACUACCAACAUUGUCACGGCAAUGCUCUGGAUUACAAUCAACCGGGCCCGCGCAAGAAGAACCCCUGCCCUCGCCAGUAGUACAACCCAGCUCGUGUCGGCAGUGAAUUGCAGGCAGCGAGUAGGACUAGGUUCGAAGACAGAGAGUGUGCCUUAUUUUGGAAAUGUGGUACAGUAUGCCAUGGCCGCGCUAUCCACCAGUCAUCUACAAGUGGUUGACAUUGUGCAUGAAACACUACCUCUCUGCCUAGCCAAAGUCUGCAGCAUCAUAUCUGAUUCCCAGUCUAUUGAUCGGAUCAACUCUGACUCGGUCGCUGAGUUAUGUAGCCUUGUCAACCAUACAGAGGAUCCCAAAUCUAUUUUCCCCGGAUGGGUUCUAUUUUCGUCCCGGGACCUUACUGUCACGAGCUGGAACGGUCUCGAUAUAUAUAACCUUGAUUUUGGGGAGGCUCUUGGGAAGCCUAAGCACAUUAGGCCCCCUUAUAUGGAGGCUGACGCCGUCGGGAUGAUCAUGCCUAGGGCGCAAUGGAAAGGAUGUGAUGGUAAAGAGGAGUCUGGUGUCGAGGUGAUCGUAAUGCUCCGCAGGGAUGACCUCGCCGUCAUGUCAGAAGAUGAUAUUUGGGUUAAUUUCACCAUCUAG